AUGAGGUGGAGGGUACACGUCAGAAAGCAACCGCUGCUCUCUUUGUGGAGAUCCGACGCGGAAGCUGAUCAUCCUCCACCUUCCAUCCACCAGUCAUUACUAUGGGGAACCUAUCGACCAGGUCUCUACUUCGGUGUACGGCCGCGUAUCCCGGCGUCGUUGAUGCACGGCAUCAUGUGGUUCGGGCUGCAAGACUACGCCUCGUCCCAAAACGCUCGUCAUCGGUGCUCACAGGACGAUGGCAUGGUCUACACCUACACAGAACACGAUGCGAGGACAGCGGCGAAGCAGUUCAUUAAGGAUUACAUGAACAAUGUCGAGCUGACGACCGAGUUCUUGAAGGUUCCCGCGGGGGACAAGGGUAUGUCUCACUCAGGUUGCGACACCGGGUCGGGGCCCUUAGUUGGCCCGGUGUCCAGGGCAAGGGAUCGGGUAGCGACUGAUGGCGCUUUCGUUCCAUCUAAUCGUAAUCGGUUUGUAAUUCGUUCAAUAGGUGGCAACUGGGCCGUACGCAUUUCAGGCAAACCUCUCGAUGAUCGUAAGUCACAGGCCUCAUCGCAGGCUGAGAAAUCAUUUCCUGAGAUGCUCGGUCCCCUUUGAUCAGUCAAACCAUCCCGAAUAUCGCUCUUGAACUAUUUCGGGAACGAUGCUAGUCUUGGCUUCCUGGAUCUGGAAAAGCCUGAUCCCGAGGUUUGUCGCUGUUCUCCAGGAAGGUCCGAAGGAGGUGCUGAUCCUGAUUUACUGAUUUUCUGAUUUUCUGAUGUUGCGCCGAACUUAGGGUAUUGUCGGACCCAUUACUAUUCGAGGAGAGACCCAAGAGUUAGGAUCGUUCAAAAUCACCGUCGUGGACGGUGAGCUAUUCUCAACUCCGUCGUCGGGGUUAUUGGCGCGAGAAACUGAUUGUCGAAUUUGCGUGCGUGAACAGGUGAAUCGAACGAGGCCGUAAGCGAGGGCAAGCAUGCCGCGGAUUUUGGGGACAAGUUGGAACGGACCCAUUUUUUGGGCCUCAACGUCCCCCCAGGCGAGGUGUGGAAAGCCAAGUGUAAGUGGUUGCAAAGCCACGGAUCCGGAUGCUCAUGUGGACAGCCGCUCAUAUUCUUCUGCGCUUGUGCUGCUACAGCCGAGGUAAUCCCGGUGAUGAUGGAGAACGCCGUACGCAUUUUCACACCCUACGGCAAACGCAACGAUCACCCCGAUCCCGCCUACGUGUUCCUGCUCCCCGACCAGGUCCGCUCGGCAUCCAACUUGAUCACGCUGCAAAAGACGUACGAGGGGACGUGGUCGGUCGACAUCUUUUACGACUCGGACGCUUCGCCCUCCAAGCUCGACUCGGCGGCGCUCUCGCUCGGUCUUUCGGCUGCCUCUCGGAGCUUCAUCGAUCGAUUCGAAGCAACUUUCCCCCUGAGCAAAGAGUUCUCGGCGUCGCAGCGUGCAUUCGCUCAGCAUAUCACCGCGAAUCUCAUCGGUGGUGUGGGCUACUUUUACGGGUCUUCGAUCAUCGAUCGUCAGUUCAAGAACGAGUGGGACCUCGAUACCGAUGACGACGAUGUCCUAAGUACGAUCAAGAAACCCGAGUUGACCCCGCCUCGCGAGUUGUUGACCGCGACGCCGAGUCGGAGCUUCUUCCCACGUGGUUUCUACUGGGACGAAGGGUUCCACCUCUUGCCCAUCGGGAUUUGGGACAACGAACUUAGUCUCGAGAUCGUCAAGAGUUGGGUCAACCUAAUUGACGAAGAUGGGUGGAUCGGGAGGGAACAAAUUCUCGGGGAGGAAGCACGGGCGGCCGUUCCGGAAGAGUUCCAAGCCCAAUACCCUUACAUCGCCAACCCUCCUACGCUCGUCAUCGCUAUUCGAGCCUCGAUCGAGAGGGCCCACAAAGCCGCAGCGGGUGAAGCCAACGUCGGUGCCGAUUUCGUGGAUCAAGGAUCGGCACUCGACAAGGCCGCUAUACAAUCGUCGGCGGUCGCGAGGAAGUUCUUGGCCUCGAUCUAUCCCAAGUUGAGGUUGCACUAUGAAUGGUUUCGCUCGACUCAACGCGGUCAAAUUCGUGAAUACGAUCGCGAAGCCCGUUCCUCGACCGAAGCAUACCGUUGGAGGGGAAGGACCAAGGACCAUGUCCUUGCGUCUGGCUUGGACGAUUAUCCGCGUGCUCGACCACCCCAUGGUGGGGAGUUACAGUUGGAUCUGCUGUCAUGGUUGGGCGAGUUUGCGAGGAUGAUGGAAGAGUUGGCUGAGUUCUUGGAUGAGGAGGAUGAUAUUGAUGAUUAUCAGACGCAUCACAGGGAUGUGUUGAACAAUAUUGAGGGUCAGUUACGGAUGCGAAGCGACGGUCAUUGGAUAGUGAGCUGAUCUCGGGUCUUGCGUCGACAGAUUUGCAUUGGAGCGAGAAGGACCAGAUGUACUGCGAUGCCAGCGUCGAUGAGAAUGGUGCGUCCGGCGAGUUUUCUCGACCCACAUAGGUUUCCUGACUAAAGCGUUUUUUGUUUUUGUUUGUUUUGUUUUUUCCCGCGUUCAGACGAGUCCUACCAUGUCUGCCACAAAGGCUACCUCUCCCUCUUCCCCUUGCUGCUCGCCCAAAUCCCCGUCUCGUCCCCCAAACUCGGUGCGACCCUCGAUCUCCUCCGGGAUCCGAAGCAUCUUUGGUCUCCCUAUGGCAUCCGCUCGCUCGCGAAGAGUCAUGAGCUGUAUGGCAAAGAUGAAAACUAUUGGAGAGGGCCGAUUUGGAUCCAGAUGAAUUACAUGGUGUUGUCGGCGUUGCAUAAGGUAAGGCUUGGCGUUGCUGGUUUAGACUGGGAGACACUUUGCUGAUUCGUUUGGGAGUUCGUGAGCACAGACCUACGCCAAGCAACCUGGACCUUAUCAGACUCGCGCAGCACAGAUCUAUGCCGAGCUCAGAAAGAAUGUUAUUGACAACGUCUACAAUGUCAGUCCAGCCUCCGAAAGGCACCCCAUCGCGGUAUUGUCACUGACCUCGGUCCGUUCGUCACACCAACCACAGGAAUACGUCCGAACAGGAGCGGUGUGGGAACAGUACGAUCCCGAAACUGGGAAAGGCCAACGCUCCAACCCUUUUACGGGAUGGUCGAGCCUCGUCACGUUGAGUGAGUCGGAUCUGUAGUUUCGGAGGCGACUGGCGAUCGCGCCUGAGCUGAUGUCAAAAUUACAUCGCGUACAGUCAUGACAGAACAAUACUGA